UGUGACACAGCAGAAACGCUUACAAACUGUUAAACAGAGUGUUAAGGGGAGAGACAACCUGUUGCUUUGCUGGAAGCAGAGGGGACAUUUCCCAGCAGCUACUCCCCGCGACCACAGAGAAUUGCAUGUCCAUGCAUCAGCGGGCAAGAUAACUACACACCCACUUCACACCAUCACCCACAUCUCCGAUGCCCAUCCCCGACUGAAGACCCCAGGAGCGACACGGACUCUACCAGGCGUCACUCCAGCACAAUUAAGAGAUCUUGGAAGAAACAUCUAGAGAAGAGGAGAGGAAGACCACAAACUUAAGUUCAUUCAGAGAAGCGGAUUUUUUGGGGAAGAGAUGGCUAACUCCGGUAUUCAGCUGUUGGGAUUUUUCCUGUCGCUAAUUGGCAUCGUUGGACUGAUCAUCGGGACUGUUCUGCCGCAGUGGAAGAUGUCCGCCUACAUCGGGGACAACAUCAUCACGGCGGUGGCAAUGUACCAGGGACUGUGGAUGUCAUGCGCUUUCCAAAGUACCGGACAGCUCCAGUGUAAAAUCUACGACUCCAUCCUGCAGCUCGACAGUUCGCUUCAGGCCACUCGUGCCUUGAUGAUAGUUGGCAUCAUCGUAUCCAUCGCUGGUCUGGGUGUGGCCUGUAUGGGAAUGAAGUGCACCACCUGUGCAGGCAGUGACAAACUACGCAAGUCUCGCAUUGCCAUGACAGGAGGCAUCAUCCUACUAGUGGGAGGGCUGUGUGCCAUCGUAGCGUGCUCCUGGUUUGCUCAUAAUGUGAUCCGGGCCUUCUAUAAUCCCUACACUCCAGUCAACACUAAGUUUGAGUUUGGCGCUGCUAUCUUCAUCGCCUGGGGCGGCUCCCUCCUCGAUGUCCUAGGUGGCGCAAUGUUGGCCGCUUCCUGUCCACGCAAGAAACACGUAUCCAAGUACCCAACCAUGGGCGGUUCCCGCUCCGGUCCGCCAAGUAGCACUAAAGAAUAUGUUUGAGAGUGCUCCAUACAGGUUGGGACUCAGAACAGAAGCUGAUGACGAAUUCAACCCCCCCUUCCCCCUUUUUGCAGCCCUGGCGAGGAGUAAAACUGAAGACGUACGGAGAGUUGUAAAUCAUAGAGGCAAAGAAUUAAUGAAAUGGGACUUUCUUUUCUUUUUGUUCAGACAGGCCUUUGAUAACCCCUCGAUUACCAUGCAACACUCUCAGUUGUUUCAUGAAUGAUGUCUCUCACCCCGUCCACACAUUCCACAAUUGUUUACAAGUGAUCUUCACAAAUACAUUAUAAUUGGAUCCCCUGACUUAAUAGACGAGCCCCCGGGGUGUAACCUCUUGAAUUGUAGCCUAAAUGGUGGAUUAUAGCCAACACUUGCACCUCCAUGUCGGAACCAGCAUCUAUUAGCGUUUGCCAUGUAAUUGAAAGUAAUCAAUUCCUGUUAGGUGGCUAGGCUGCGGCUCAGGGGUCCUGCACAACAGAGAGACAGGGUGACAAUACAGUGUUUUAUAUGAACUGUUGGUGUUUCUAAAAUAGACGUUACGAUGAGCAGGGUGUGACUUCACACACAGGGCUCGCUGUGUAGGGUGACCCGAUCACACAGGCCUUUUACUACAACACUCACUACGGGCCCAGCAGCUCUUCAUACCAGUCUGUUACAAACCCUGCUCAGAUAUGAAAUAUUUUAUUAUGUAGUCACUGUGCCAUUAUGGCUUGAAUAGCUUCCAUAUCAGCCACUAUGAGAUCAAACUGCCUCUAUUUAUUUUGUCAAGCGUAGGAUGAAGUUUUUGCUCCUGUGUAGAUUUAGAUAACUGGUAGUUCACUGUGGCCCAGCUUUAGUUUUCAGAGAUAAACCCAGUCAUGUUGUUUUUUUGUAAGAUGUUUUAUGAUCUGAACAGUGUGGGCUGUUUUUUUAAAUGUCAUAGUUUUAUACACUUGGCUCAUAUACUGUAGCAAAUAAUGGUGUAAUGAGAAAUGAAUGAAAAAAAAGUGUUAACAUGUCCAACAGUACUUAAAUAAUAAAAGAUAUCACAACAAUGUGCGGUGGUCAUACUUUUAGAAACAAAGAGCUCAGGUUUGACAAGUGACACAAACACCAAAAUCAGAUUUUGCUUUCAAGACAGUCCAAAGAAAGACCUCCCAUUUGAUCAAAGGAAAACAAAACUGAAAAUAAAAUGAAUAUAAUAAUUAUUUUUAUUUUAAUAAAAUUUAAUCAUUACAGUGUUUUAGGGUAAUUUUGUGAGCUAGUAACCGCCUGAAAAAAAACUUUUGGACAUGUGGUUUUCAGUGGGCAGUGAUGCUAUAAUAUAUGCACAAUUCUCCAUUUGUUCACACAAUGAAGGAGGCAAUACAACAAACUAUUUUCUCCAUUGGGAAUAAGAUUGAUGUUUCCUAUGUGAAACUUCUGUGAGAAAGCAGGAAGCAAUAAACAUUCCACGAAUGCAGCAGAAAAAACAUGAAUCAGUGCAGUCAAGCUUCACGCAGUGAACACAAAAACACAAAAAGAUUUCCACAAAGAGUCAUCUUUUAUUUCCCGAGAUGCAUUAAGAAAAGUCGACCAUUUCCAUGCAAAUGGUAAACCACAACUCAAACAACAAUCUUUGAGUCAGAGAAUGAGCUGGGAAACGAAGCGUUCCCGUGACGCAAAAAAAGAAAAAAAAGAAAAGAAAAAUGAACUCAUAACAUUUUCACAGCCAACUAAGUAACAUGACAUCAGCAUGAGCCUUUACAGACAAUAACAUGUCAUCUCAAGGUCCACUGCAAUCUUUAAAAAAACCUCCAAAAAACCUCAGUGUUAAGAUUGUCUCAGCAGUGAAUGCUCAUCAUAGGCUGCUUGUUUUCAUGAUCUCAUACUGUAAUUGUGAAGUAAAGGCUGACAUUAUCUUUAAAUAGUUCACCUGAACCGGGUGGAGCAAAACAAGCAGAGAACUGCUGUAUAAUUUAACAUAAAUACAAAGUAAGUGUUGUUCAUUACGACAUAUCAGUGCGCCAAUCAGAAUCCACUUGAAAUCAUAAAUCUGACACAGCAUCAAAUGUCAUUUGGCAAUUUAAUCAAAACAUUUAGAGCUGUACACGACUUCUAUCACAGUUAACUGGCCAACUGGGAAGGCCUGCCUUUGAAAACAGCAAAAAAAAAAAAAA